UGACUGCACAAAGUCGAUAAAGAUUGUCCGAUUGAAUAUGCUGCUACAAUUAUUAUCAAUCCGUUGACUGCUUUACUAAUGCUUGAGGACGUCAUUGCCUUAAAUUCAGGGGAUUCGGUUGUCCAAAAUGGAGCUACAAGUAUAGUAGGCCAGUGCGUUGUCCAGCUUGCCCACCUUCGUGGCAUCCGUACUAUUAACAUUAUAAGGGACAGGGCUGGGUCAGAUGAUGCAAAGGAAAUGUUGAAAAAGCUCGGUGCAGAUGAAGUUUUCACUGAAAGCCAGUUGAAUGUGAAGAAUGUGAAGAGUCUCCUGACUGAUUUACCGGAAUCUGCUCUGGGAUUCAACUGCGUUGGUGGCAAUUCUGCUUCCUUGGUUCUCAAAUUUCUGAGGCAGGGAGGAACGAUGGUAACUUACGGGGGCAUGGCAAAAAAGCCCGUCACAGUAUCGACAUCAGCCUUCAUUUUCAAAGCAAGUCAAUCCCUAUGCUGUGAACUCUCGCUGAGAGGAUUCUUUCUGCACAACUGGCUGGGCAGUGAUAAGGCGACGGAAUGCAAUAGAAUGAUCAAUUAUCUUCUAUCGUUGGCAAAGGAAGAGAAGCUGAGAUACCAGAUGGAGCUGGUUCCUUUCAACAAUUUCAAUUUAGCACUGGAUAAAGCACUUGGAAAGCUUGGGAGCCAGCCAAAACAAGUUAUUACUUUCUAAACCUAUCUUUCUUCAGACAACACUGAGAAUGACCUCUGUUAAAGACAUGAUGCUGCAGUAGUGAACCGGUGAUUACUGAUUAGGUUCUGCUAAUAAAUCAAAUUUGGGUCGUUGGGUGGUUCAAUUGGGUCACUGACCCUUAAGCAGGCUCCAUAACCUGAUUCGGUCAGGUUUUCGGUUUACCCGGACCUGGCCAAAACCUGAUAAACCAUAAAUUGAUAGCGCGCGAAGAAGUAGAUUUCUGCGGACGUGGCAUCACGGUAGCCAGUCAAUUAAAUUGCGCCCACCCGAAUGAAGUGCUCACGUGGCACAACUUAAACGACUACUUUUCAAUAUUCAUCUGCUAAGUUGGACAAAAAUUCGACGGAGGAGGGACCUCAUCGGAACUUUGUCAGUCUGUCUCACAAGGAAAAAGAGCCAUGGCUGCCGCCGCUACCUCAGUCGCCAUCUUGCCUUCCGCCAGAAGAAGCUGCGACGCGGGAAAGUCCAGAAGCAUUGUAUUUUCAUCAAGAUCCUCAAAGUCCGUCUCGUUUCCGUCUCAACCGCGACGACGGAACGGGAACUUGCGAAUCGCUUGUUCCGUAUCACUGACGGACCGGGAAGUGCGAACGGGUGGGCCAGACGAUCUCGUCGACUCCAUCCUUUCCAAGGUUUCGGAGACAGACCGAGGAGUUUCGUUGAAGAAAGAGGAGCACGCAGCGGUGGGUGAAGUUGCUGGAGAGUUGCAAAAGUACUGCGUCCCGGAGCCUGUGAAAUGUCCUCUCAUAUUUGGAGAGUGGGAUGUGGUGUACUGCUCGAACCCAACCUCGCCAGGCGGUGGGUAUAGGAGCUCAGUCGGCCGUCUUUUCUUCAAAACGAAGGAAAUGGUGCAAGCUGUUGAAGCUCCCGACACUGUGAGAAACAAGGUCAAAUUCUCCCUCUUUGGGUUUCUUGACGGAGAGGUAUCUCUCAAAGGGAAAUUGAUCGCUCUGGAUGGGAGCUGGAUACAGGUGAUAUUCGAGCCACCUCAACUUAAGGUUGGAGCUCUGGACUUUCAGUAUGGCGGUGAAAGCGAAGUGAAACUGCAGAUUACGUAUGUGGAUGAGAAGAUCAGGUUGGGCAAGGGAUCCAGAGGUUCGUUAUUCGUCUUCCAAAGAAUCGGUUAAAACCCUCUUGCCUUAGCUCUCACAUUUCGCCCGUAAAAGCAGUGUUCUUUCCUUGAGCUCGUAUGAUCUCAGCUUUCUGUUGUACACCGACACUGUAGUUCUCCGAAGUAUAUAUAAUCGUUUCAGUGAAGUUUGAGUGUGCUUCUGCUAUGGCUAUAGUCUAUACUGCAUUGAGUAGUUUAGGUUUAGACAGCCGCUCAUUCAUACUUGUGUAGAACAGGGAGAGCUAUGAUUAAGAGUUUGUAGAAGUUCAAUAAGGCAAACUAAUCAGCCAAGUCUGAAGGCACCAAUCCAAGAAGCAAAGUAUAUUUGUAAGUAGCCAAUGCAAAAGAAUUACAGAGGAUUUGGAGAACAAUGGAAUUGGUGGGAUUGAUUAGCCAGGGCCAACUUUAGGAAUUUCGUAAUGUUCAGUGAGAUUGGCAAGAUACUGGUUGAACUCGUGAAUCCGGUCGCGGUGUGAUUUGCUUGCCAUCUUAGCCAUCCUCUGCCCAUCCAGCUUCUCCCAUUGCUGCAGAUACCGCCUCUCGGCUGGUGUCAGAUACAGGGAUUCACCUUCUGCUUCUCCUCUCUCUGUACCGCCUUCAGCUUGACCGGCCGUAACAAGUUCUGUGCUUCGACCUGUCAACCUCCAAAAUGGCAAACACGAAUAGAGCUCCCGUU